AUUAACUAAUUACUUUACAUGAAUAAUUAUCAAAACUGCCGCCGGAGAGAACCUCACCGCGAAAAUGGCCGCCUCCACGACCUCGCCGGCCUCUCCCCCUGCCUUUUCCGGCGACAGCUUCGUCUUCGUCGGACGACAUAUCCAAGGAGUGGAAGGUCUGCGGCGGCGGCUCCUGUCUCUGCAGCGGCGGCGGCACCUUGGUCACCGGUGGCGGCGCCUGAGACAGCGGCGACGGUGCCUGGGACAGCGACGUCGGCGACUGUGCUUGGCGGCGCUCUGGUUCGGGAGGGUGAGGGGGGGAAGGAAGAAGGAGAAGAUAUAAAGGGAAUCCCUUGGCGCCUUUUUAAAAUAGGUUUUACAGAGGUGAAGGCGGGGGCGCUGGAGACUAAGACGCCAGCGCCUCAGACAGGUUCCAAAUUUUCAAAAUGGCGUCUCCACCUCAGUCUCCAGUGUCCCCGCCUCUGACUCUACACAAAAAACACAAUAUUUGUGUCAUUUAUCCGGAGAAAGGAAAGUUAUAUUAUUUACAUUAUUAUAAAGGGAUUUGAUAUGC